AUGUUGAGGAGGAUCCGUCACUCGCUGAUGUGUUUCCCAAGACGCCGGUGCGAUUGCGACUCCGACAGUGACUCUUCCGGAGCUCAACCCAACCGCCCACGGGAAAUAGCACCAAAGCGUGCCCUACGCCAAUCACUUCCUAAGAAUGUGGUCAGAGGCGCAGCUCCAGCUAACCAGCCCCAAGCCAGCAGUGAAUAUGAAGACGGCAGCGAAGAUGAGGAUAGCAGCGAUGAUUAUUAUCCUCCAGCUCCCCCACCCAGUGAGGUUCCCCUAUAUAAUGAGGUUUCUCACACGGGAAUAACACCCGCGAUGAGUGAGACAAAUCUCGAUGAUGACUCUUCCUCUAAUGACCCAUAUUCUCGCCCAUCAAGAAAUACUCGCACACACGAGGUAAGUAAUACUGAUCCCAAAGACGCUUCAUCUAGUGGUGACCUUCAUUCCCUCGCAACAAGAAAUUCACGCACAGGUAUUACUCCUGAGAUGAGUGAUGCCAGCAUCGGUGAGUCCCAAUAUAAAUCCUUCCCAGAAUCAGGAGAAAGCUCUCUGUUCGUGAGUGCCGGUGAAUACAAUACCGAUGAAGAUGACUAUAAUGGAGCUGAUGAAGACAGCCUUGAUUUGAACCAAUACGACGAUGAAGAAAUGCACGAUGAUCUGGGAGAGCCCGAAACAUCCGACCAUUUGAGCCAAUCAUGGCCGACAAAUUCUAGUGACAGGAGACGUCGACGUUCGCUAGAUAGCCAAGCUCGAGCCGAUGCCGAACACAAGGGUCUUUAUGGAUCGAGGGGCAGUAGUGGCAGAAGCAAGCGCCAGCGUCUUGAAGGCUCAUCUGACACCGCAAGCGGGAGAGUGAGAACCGGCAUCGAACCGACCGUGAAGGACGUCACCAGGUAUCGAAAUAUAGGAGCACGAUAUCAAGCAUGGAUCGACAACCCGGAAGCGCCAGGGUGCCGAAUUCAACGAGCAACAUUAACUAUAGAAGAGAUGAUUAACGAAGCUCAACCAAUGCCUUGGAAAAUCGAUGAAUCGUGCUUCACAGUCGAGCCUAUGGCAUUAGAAGGCGGCGAUGUCGAAUCGAUGAAUAUUGCUCGCGGUGGUCCGCGAUACCGUUACACACACCUCCGACGGGAUCCGGGGCCCAACGCGCUCGCAGCUAACGAAUUUGAACACCGGAUUGCUCGGGGUGUUCUUGUUGCGGAGAGAAUUUUUAGGGAAGACGGUCCUCAUUGGAAUGAAGUUGCUCGGGCUCAAUACUUGCUUGAUUUUAACUUGAAAACUCUCAGGCAUGUUAUCUUUACCGAUAUCAGCAAUGAAGAAACAGCUCCAUAUAUACGCCAUGAACUCUAUCCCAGAUUUGGUGCUACCUGGUCACAGUCAAGCAAAGUUGGGUGUAUGGUAUUUGAACAUGGUAGUGCUGAGUAUCAAGAACUCCUCGGAACUAAGUUGGGUAAAUCUGUGGCUUGUCUUAUUCUUUCUUCAUUCCCUAGGGGUACCAUGAAGAUCACUCGGAUUGUCACUUGGUGUAAUUCGACUGCGCCGCAGAUGCGAUUUGAGAUUGAGCCUGUUAUUGCUGCGCCUAUUGCCUUUGCUACGGCUGCAUGA